AUGUUGAUGCGCCCGACACUGAUUUUUCGCGUCUGCGUCGUCCUGGCCCUGGCCUCCAGUGCUCUUGCUGGAUUCCUCAACGGUGGCCACAGCCUCGCUGGUGGCUUUGGCCUCGGCAGCGGCGUUGGCCUCACCAGCUACGGUCUCAGCCACGGAAUUGGCUACUCCGGCCUCACCGGCUUUGGUGUCGGCCACGGCCUCGCCUAUGGACCAGCCGCCAGCUAUGCUGUUGCCGCUCCAGCUGUUUCUGGUACCGUCUCCACUUACCAGGCUGCUCCAGCCGUGACCGCUGUCCACGCAGCUCCGGCUGUCGCUUCCUACGCUGCUGCUCCAGUCGCCACCGUUGCAGCUGCCCCAGCCGUGUCCCGCGUGACCACCUACCAGUCCGCUCCAGUUGUUGCCGCUGCCCCAGCUGUUUCUACCACCUACCAUGCUGCUCCAGCCGUGUCUCGUGUCACGACCUACCAGUCUGCUCCAGUCGUUGCUGCUGCCCCAGCUGUCUCCAGUGUGAGCUACCAGGCCGCCCCAGCUCUUACUAAGGUGUACCAGGCUGUUCCAGUCGCCGCCUCUGCUCCAGCUGUGUCCCACGUCACCUACCAGUCUGCUCCAUCUGUCGCCACCUUCGCUGCCCCAGCUGUGACUAAGGUCUUCCAGUCCGCCCCCGUUGUCGCCGCUGCCCCAGCUGUAUCCCGCGUCACCUACCAGGCUGCCCCAGCUGUGACUAAGGUUUACCAGAGUGCCCCAGUUGUGGCUGCCGCUCCAGCUGUUGCUACCGUUGCCGCUGCUCCAGCCGUGACCCGCGUGGCUACCUUCCAGUCUGCUCCAGCUGUCGCCGCCUACGCCGCCCCAGCUGUAACGAAGGUCUUCCAGUCUGCCCCACUCGUGGCUGCUGCCCCAGCUGUGGCCACCGUCGCCCACGCUGUCCCAGUGGCCACCGUCGCCCACGCUGCCCCAGUGGCCACCUUCGCCGCUGCCCCAGCUGUCGCUGCCGUUCACGCUGCCCCAAAUGUUGCCACCACCACCCUCCAUCAUGCCCCAGCGGUCGCUACUGUCGCCCACGCUGCCCCAGCCUUCGCUGCCUACCAAGCGGCUCCAGUAUACGGCUACGGUGUUGCAAACCUCGGCUACGGCGCUGGCCACUACGGUCUCGGCCACGGCAUUGGUGUCUACGGCCUGAACUACGGCUACGGUCUCGGCACUCCCUUCGACUACACCACCCUCCUCCGCAGAAAGAAGUAAAUUGUUCUUUUCUUCAGCGGACAUGGCACGUCGAAAGUUAAAAGAAGUUUCAGCGUUUAAGAGUGCGCUCA